AUGCCCAUUGAGCUUUGGGAUGCACACUUGGUCCCGUUCUUGACGCUAAACGAGGCGGUGGCACUGGCUGAAUUAAGUCACUUCUUCUACGACGUCGUGCACGAACACGUGCAGUUACGCGCCGAGGCUUCGUUGGUGUGCAGCGUUCCUGAGCUGCUGCGAGUCUUGAGCAAGUGGCGGAACCUCCGAGACGUGGCUUUCCAACCUGUUGCUGACCCGGAGAGUGAGAGACUGCAUGAAAACAUCCACUACAAUGUGAACGCUGCUGGCGGUAUUAUCGUUGAUCAUGAGCGCAACCAACCAGCUCCUGAGCCCGAGCCACUUCAAGCGAACGAAAGCUACACCGACGAAGAUGGAGUGAGUGUCCCUAUGCGUUAUACCUGUCCCGGUGUCCUGCAAGACUGCAUUCGAAGCAGUGACGCCCAAGUGAAGCGGUUGAAUCUGUCAGGAAUCGCGCGUGUGAGUCUUUUUGACGGUAUGAACCGCCUACAAGAGCUGGGAUUGAGUGGCUGUAGCCAGAUCGACGGUUUGCAUUGGUUGAAGGGGAUUCGCGAGGUCGAUUUAAGUUAUUGCAGCUUCUUGGAGGACGUCUCGUUCCUGAGCGACUCGCUACAUGUAGACUUGUCCUAUUGCCACACCGUCACCGAUCUCGCACCACUGGCAAAGUGUACGUCCGUACAACUCAACGUAUGUCGCGGUAUCAGCGACGUGAGUCCACUGAGUCGCGUACGUCGGGUGAGUCUGCGGAAUUGUCCAGAGGUUAGUGACGUUAGCGCACUAGGCAACGUGCACGAGUUGAACCUCGGAGGGUGUGCAAAUGUCACGAAUGUCAGCGCAUUGAGCAAUGUGUACGAGCUCAAUCUCUCCGGUUGCAUUAAUGUGACCGAUGUCAGUGCGCUGGGCAAAGUUCACACGCUGAAACUUCGCAAAUGUGCGGGAAUCGUCGAUGUGUCAGCGCUUGGAGGAGUAUACGAUUUGGACCUCACGGGUUGCAUCAACGUCACGGAUGUGAGUAAAUUAGGACGAGUCCCCAAGCUGCAGCUCGCUCUCUGUAGACACAUCAGCGAUAUAUCGGCACUAAGCAACGGCGUACAAGAGCUUUCGUUGCGGCAAUGCGAUGCAGUGACGAGCUUAAAAGCUCUCGGAUCAAGCUCAAGUCUUCGUGAGCUGGAUCUAUCGAGUUGUACAGGAUUCCCAAGCUCCGAACUGCGCCAUUUGCCUCCACUGGAUCGGCUGGUGCUGUCACGAUGUAGCCAACUUACUACACUUGACGGUCUAACGUGUGUCCGCGAACUCGACGUGAGUUUCUGCAAAACCCUAAAAUCACUAGGGUUUUCACUACGUCAAGUACACACGAUCAUAACCUACCGCUGCGAGAAGCUCGAGGACAUUGACGUGCUAACCGCCUCUGCUAACAGUCUGUCAAGAGUGAAUCUCUCCGGGUGCUCUCGCAUCAGCGACAUCCGCUUCCUCGCUGGAGCGCAAGAAGUCGAUCUGCGAUUCUGUGACGCACUCGAGGACGUUCGUCCGCUAGCUGCAAGCGCUCGGAUCGUGAAGCUUGCUGGAUGCUCCAAAUUAAUGGACGUGUCACCUCUCGCUCGUGUUCGUGAGCUGGAUCUGAGCUACUGCAACAACAUCGAAGACGUGUCGGCUCUGGACUCUGUUCACACACUGUCACUGCGUCACUGUCCCAAUGUGAUCGACGUGUCUGCGUUGUCUAAAGUCCACACGCUCAACCUCUCAGGUUGCACGCAACUUGAGGACGUGUCGGCUCUGAAAAAUGUGCACGAACUCAAUCUGUCCGACUGCGAGAAGGUCAAGGACGUGAGUAUGCUCACGGGCGUCCGCGUGUUGGAUCUACGCUACAACAAGAACAACAGCGAAAAACUCAAGGCUGGAGUCGCGAAACUGCGAGGUCGAGUGCCCAUCAUCCGCAUGUAAGAGCCACCCAUUCUCCCUCCACACUCGAUUGAUGUCCUCGUGUUUGCGCAUAGAACUCCAGACAUAAAGAUAUCUCGAGUUUAGCGGAUUCACCGUGUGUAUUACAAUAAUUAUCCCUCAUCUCUA